AUACGGGAUCAGUGGGUGGGAUUGAGGUGUGCUCUGCACAUAAAUAGGAGCACAAAGGGAGCCAGCACAGCAGGAGGCUUGGACAGCACAGAGGCGGCUGGCUCACACGGACAGAUUUGCCAUGGAGAAGAUCUCGGUGUCAGCAUUCCUGCUCCUUGUCGCCCUCUCUUACACUCUGGCCAAAGACAUCACAGCCAAAUCAGGAGCUAAGAAAGACACCAAGGACUCUGGACCCAAACUGCCCCAGACCCUCUCCAGAGGUUGGGGUGAUCAGCUCAUCUGGACUCAGACUUACGAAGAAGCUUUGUACAAAUCCAAGACAAGCAACAAACCCAUAAUGAUUAUUCAUCACUUGGAUGAAUGCCCACACAGUCAAGCUUUAAAGAAAGUGUUUGCUGAAAAUAAAGAAAUCCAGAAGUUGGCAGAGCAGUUUGUCCUCCUCAAUCUAGUUUAUGAAACAACUGACAAACACCUUUCUCCGGAUGGCCAGUAUGUCCCCAGGAUCAUGUUUAUUGACCCAUCCCUGACAGUUAGAGCUGACAUCACUGGAAGAUACUCAAAUCGUCUCUACGCUUAUGAGCCUUCAGAUACAGCUCUAUUGCUCGACAACAUGAAGAAAGCUCUCAAGCUGCUGAAGACUGAAUUGUAGAGAAAAAACAUCUGCAAGCUUUUCCCUCUGUGUCCGGCCCUGAGACUUGGAUCAAGAGGAGAUCCUAGAAGACUUUGGAGAAUGCAGGCAGACUGAUGGACAUGCUGAUUAGAUUAUGGUUAUUGUUACAACAGAUAUUUUUUAAAAAUCUGGUCUCAAGUACACCUGUAUGAAAAUAAUAUUGCAUACUAGCAUAGUAAGCCAUGCUUUUUUUAAAAAAAAAAUUAAAUCCUUUUGAGGUAUUCAGA